CAGAAAGCUGUAACGCACUAUUUCACAAUCUAAAGCUUGUAGAUGUAAUGUUAGUUUGCAGAGUACCUUCCCAGCAGGGCGUUCUGGGAUGUAAAUUUGUGGGUCGAGUUUAGAACUGGUUUUUCCUAUCUGAGCCGAACCUCAUUCAACUAGUUACAUCUUUCUGGGUGUCUUUAAUGAAGCUUAAAAAUGGCAAAAAACAAACAUUCCCAUGGUUUGGCAUGGAUAUCGGCGGAACCCUGGUUAAAUUGGUCUACUUUGAGCCAAAGGAUAUUACAGCUGAAGAGGAACAAGAGGAAGUGGAGAACCUGAAGAGCAUCAGGAAGUAUUUGACUUCCAACGUUGCUUAUGGGAAAACCGGGAUCCGAGAUGUCCACCUGGAAUUAAAAAACUUGACCAUGUGUGGACGCAAAGGGAACCUGCAUUUCAUCCGCUUCCCCAGCUGUGCCAUGCACAUGUUCAUUCAGAUGGGCAGCGAAAAGAACUUCUCCAGCCUUCAUACCACCCUCUGUGCCACGGGAGGCGGGGCUUUCAAGUUCGAAGAGGACUUCAGAAUGAUCGCGGACCUGCAGCUCCAUAAACUGGACGAACUGGAUUGUCUGAUUCAGGGCCUGCUCUACGUCGACUCCGUUGGCUUCAAUGGCAAGCCAGAAUGUUACUAUUUUGAAAAUCCCACAAAUCCUGAAUUGUGUCAAAAAAAGCCGUACUGCCUUGAUAACCCGUACCCUAUGCUGCUGGUGAACAUGGGCUCAGGGGUCAGCAUCCUAGCAGUGUACUCCAAGGACAACUAUAAAAGAGUUACAGGGACCAGUCUUGGAGGUGGAACAUUCCUAGGUCUAUGUUGCUUGCUGACUGGUUGUGAGACCUUUGAAGAAGCUAUGGAAAUGGCAGCUAAAGGCGACAGCACCAAUGUUGAUAAGCUGGUGAAGGACAUUUACGGAGGAGACUAUGAGCGAUUUGGCCUUCAAGGAUCUGCUGUAGCAUCAAGCUUUGGCAACAUGAUGAGUAAAGAAAAGCGAGAGUCCAUCAGCAAGGAAGACCUCGCCCGAGCCACGCUGGUCACCAUCACCAACAACAUUGGUUCCAUUGCUCGGAUGUGUGCACUGAAUGAGAAUAUCGACAGAGUUGUGUUUGUUGGGAAUUUUCUCAGAAUCAAUAUGGUUUCCAUGAAGCUGCUAGCGUAUGCCAUGGAUUUUUGGUCCAAGGGACAACUGAAAGCUCUGUUUUUGGAACAUGAGGGUUACUUUGGAGCUGUUGGGGCACUGUUGGAACUAUUCAAAGUGACUGAUGACCAGUAGAGAGGAGCCCUAGGUGAUGGAACAACAGCCUUACGUGAGAACAGAGCCCUGGGAACCGCUGCUGGAGAAGGUGAAAGCUGCCGUGAGAUGAAAGCCAAGCCAUUCACGGCAGACACACCUGCUGGAUUUGUAAAUAAUUUAAAAUCCUUCUAGCUGAUCUUUUACUCUUGGGUUUUGAGUUUAUGAUUCAAAAUGGGGAAUACAAGAGUUUUUUCUGUAUACUGUAUUUUUAAGAAGAAGAAGAAGAAAAAACACACCAUUUUGUGCAGUGUGGCCAAACCUACCAAUUUUAUGCAUUAAUUUUGUAAAGUUAUAUUAUGUUUAAAAGAAGGACCUGAAAUGUAAGUGUUGUUUAUACUUCUUCUGGGGUUUACUGAUCAGUGUGGUAAUUUUAAGUUCGUUUAGUAAUUACUCUAGGAGAUUUUCCUUUACUUAUAUUUUUCAUGACGUUUCAUGAUUUGCUGUUUGGUUUCAAAUGAAACUACCAAUCUGGCAUGUUUUACUGUGAACACUAUUUUGUUUGUCUGUUUACCUUUUAUUGUCUUGUUUUCUCUGUUUGAAUGUCUUAUGGAAAAAGAGUCUUUGCCCCCAUUUCUGUCCUCAGAUGACUCCCCCUCCCCACCAGACCUUCCUGUGCUGUAUUUGUUCAUAUUAAUCAAGGUGCUGUCCAACUCGAUACAAAGUUAAACACGAGACUAAAGCUCUCAAAAGUGCUCUCGCAGGGGAUACUCUGAAAGUGUUCAUGAAUUUAAGGAGUCUGGCAAAAGUUGAAAAUUAUGCAAUUUUGUCAUACACAGUGUCUUGUCGGAUUUAUUUUGUUAGGUUAUAUUAAAUGGAAAUAUUCUAUGACGAAAUGUCCUCAGCCAUGCACAAAGUACCAAUGGCAGCAAAUCCUUGUGCAGGACAUUAAAAUUUAUAGGGCAGCGUCUCCCGCUAGAUUAACUGUUCACAUUGUGAGGGUUAAAGAGAAGUCGCGUUUGAGGUGUCAGGUAGUAAUAUCUUUUUUUUUGGUACAUGUAUAUACCUAGGAACUUUGUAGCAAGUCAUCUUAAAUAAUAAGAAAGUUUUUCAUUUGGAGUCUUUUCAACUAAAAACUAUUUCAAUCUCCGUUUCUAAAAUUAAAAAAAAUUAUGAUACUGAUCUCUAUGUAUAGUUUUUCUUUUUAAAAGACAUCAUUGGGACUGAUGGGUAACUUUCAAAUCUGAAUCUUAGGUGAUCAUUGAAAUCCAUGAGAUCUAAUGAGUUAGAACGAAUUCAUUUUUGGAAUUGAGCGUUUUGUUGAAGGGGAUUUGGUAAGGGCUGGACAUUGCUCCACGACGAAUCUUUCCUUCUCUGCAUUCUGAGCAGCGUCUUUAAUUUCCAUAUCGUCAAUUCUUGAAGUUGAUGUUAAUUGAAAUACUCACCUGUCUGGUUGAAAUAAAGCCCGUUUCUGUUGUGAUGUUUUUA